UCCAUAACCUCGGAUUGUUUACGAUCAGACGCUGAUUAGACGCUGAUUAAAUCGCAAAGUUGAUUUUUUGCGCGAUCAUUCAGCGAAGAUAUUCGCAAAUAUAAACUCAGUUAAUAUUGCUGUGAUUAAUUGUUAGGUAUUUAAAUAAUUCAGAAUGGUUCUCACGAAGGAAUAUCGCAUUUGUAUGCCGCUCACCACGGAAGAGUAUCGCAUUGGUCAGUUAUAUAUGAUUGCCAGACAUAGUCAUGAACAAUCUGAUAACGAUGAGGGAGUAGAAGUGAUAGAAAAUACCGCCUGUGAAGAUCCUGUCCAUGGAAAGGGUCAAUACACUGAAAAAAGGAUCCAUCUCUCCAGUAAACUCCCUUACUGGAUACAGUCCAUUUUACCUCGAAUAUUUUAUGUGACGGAGAAAGCAUGGAAUUAUUAUCCUUUCACUAUUACAGAAUAUACUUGUUCCUUUAUACCAAAAUUCCACAUAGCAAUAAACACUCGAUAUGAAGACAACAAUGGUUCUACAGAGAAUUGCUUAGGAUUGUCGCCUAUUGAAUUGAUUCAUCGGGAGAUUGAUUUCGUGGACAUUGCAUACGACGAAAUCUCUGCAAAACAUUACAAAGAAGAAGAAGAUCCAAAGUUUUUCCAAUCAAAACGAACAGGACGUGGUCCUCUGGUUGAAGGUUGGAGAGAUACGACACAACCAAUAAUGUGUUCGUACAAAUUAGUGCACGCAUCGUUCGAGGUCUGGGGCAUGCAGACGCGAGUAGAGGAUUUCAUACAUAGAUGUAUAAGGGACAUCUUGCUGCUGGGCCACAGACAAGCCUUCACCUGGAUCGAUGAAUGGUACGACAUGAGCUUGGAAGAUGUGCGGCAGUACGAGGAGAAGAUGCAAGCUGAAACGAACGAGAAGAUCAGAUUGAGGAAUCAGCUCAACGAGAGGCAGCCCGACACAUCAACUUCACCCACAUCAAAUUUACCUGCGCCAACCACGCCGACGGCAAAGUCGCCCACACAAUCGAAUCGAUCGUGGUUUUCUUGGUCAUAGCUACAAGAUUAGCGUAACAAAUUGAUCUCGGAUGUUGCAACAGCUCUUUGUCGAUUUGGUUAACAUUCAAGUGAUAUUCUCUUUUUCUCACGUCCAUGUAUACACCGACUUCAGAGAAUGUAUAAAUCAGUAACAAUGAAUAUUUUUUCAAUGAAUACUUUAUUGACAACUUUCAACAGUUUGAUUGUUCGAAACUUUAAAGCAUUUUUUUAAAGAUAUAUAUAUAUAUAACUAAUAAAUUUUCUAUUUUUAUCACAUUAAUUUGUGAUUUUUCCACAAAUGGAAUGUAUUAUAUAUAUAUAUAUA